AUGGCCGAAGAAACAGUCGCAGAUAUCCCCCAAGUGGCCUUCAAGAAGCGCUCCAAGGGCAAAGGCAACUUCCGCAAGAAGCCCGCAACGCCACCACCAGCUUCAGACUCCGACUCCGGCUUCACAUCAUCCGACGACGACGAGGGCCGGCGCAUCAAAAGGCGUCGCAAGAACGCAGCCGUCACAGCCUCAUCAACAGCAAAUGCGAAAAAGCGCACCGAAGAGCCAACAACUGCCGCACCCGCCCCAUUGACCAAAAGCAACGAUGCGACCAAACACUCCGACUGGUACGACGAGAACCUCACCGCAAAGAACCUACUAGGCACAACCCGGGACAAGCCAGCGACGGGCCUCGAACCAGAUGGAACCUACAAGGGCGCAGCCAACUAUCAAUCAUUCAUUCAGAAAAAUCCGGACGCACCGUCGAAAUUCGGCCCUAUAAAAGCGCCCACCAAUGUGCGGACGGUCACAGUGACGGAUUUUGCGCCGGACGUAUGCAAGGACUGGAAACAGACUGGAUACUGUGGUUUUGGCGACUCGUGUAAAUUCCUGCACAGCCGUGAGAGCUACAAACAAGGCUGGGAGCUGGACCGUGAUUGGGAAAUCAACACCAAGGGCAAGCAACUAACCGGCCGGGUGGUUUCCCAGCGCCAAGGUGCGGGCAAGGCCACUGAAGAUGACGAUGAGGAUGACGAGGAUGAAUUGCUCGAGAGCAUUCCUUUUGCGUGUAUCAUCUGCAAGAAUCCUUAUCGAGAACCCAUUAUCACCAAAUGCGGGCACUACUUUUGUGAAUCCUGUGCGCUGCAGCGAUAUCGGAAGACCCCAUCUUGUGCAGCCUGCGGCGAGGGGACUGGAGGUGUUUUCAACGUCGCGAAGAAGUUGAAUGCUUUGUUAAAUAAGAAACGAGAGCGGGCGCGCAAGAUGCGCGAGGAGGCGAUUGCGAAUGGGGAGGAAGUUAGCGAUGAGGAAGAGUGA